GCAUCAUCAACAUGGGACCACAGCGUUGACGCAAAAGGAAGGAGACGGUGGUUGAUUUUGUUGUUGCUGCUAUUUGAUUUUUUAAAGCAACGGUUCUGAGGUUUCACGAGAAAUUAAAAAGGCUAUUUCGUACAUAGGCAUCUAUCCCCGCUACGCGCCACCGAUGCGGGUGGAUUAACGUACAUUUCCAUCUCAAAAAACACAGUUUGCCGCCAUGUUCCACAACAGCUCACAGAGAAAGUUCUGGAUUUUCAAGAGUGAAGAUGAAGUUGAGCAGAUGAGGCUGAAGGCCAAUCAGAAGUUCCGUAACAAAAUACUAGAAAGUGGAAAGCCCGUGAGCGGGUCCAUGUUCUUGGAGCGCCACGAGGAGGACGUUUUGUUUCGACACUACGAGAGGAGACUGGUGGACUUCUGCAAUGCUUUUAAGCCGGUGAUGCCGAAGUCUGUUGUGGGUACAGCAGUCAUGUACUUCAGAAGAUUCUACCUGAACAACUCCAUCAUGGAGUAUCACCCCAGGAUUAUCAUGUUGACAUGCGCAUACCUAUCCUGUAAAGUGGACGAGUUCAACGUGUCCAGCACCCAGUUUGUAGGCAACCUUCUGCAGGAGACCCCAGCAGGACAGGAAAGAGUUCUGGAGCAAAUCCUGGAGUAUGAGUUGCUGCUAAUACAGCAGCUCAAUUUUCACCUGGUGGUCCACAACCCCUACAGACCCAUGGAGGGUCUGCUCAUCGAUCUCAAGACUAGAUACCCUACGCUGGAGAACCCAGAGAUGCUGAGGAAGAGUGCUGAUGACUUCCUGACGCAGGCAACCAUGACGGACGCGGGGCUGCUGUUUUCUCCCUCUCAGAUCGCUCUGACGUCUAUUCUGAACAGCGCUUCGAGAGCCGGUCUUCACAUGGAGAGCUACCUGACUGAAUGCCUCGGGCUGAAAGAAGACAAAGAAACUCUCUCCAAGAUGUAUGAGUCAAUGAGACGGAUGAAAACUCUCCUGAAGAAGUACGAACUGCCCAAAUCAGAGGAGGUGAAUGUGUACAAACAGAGGCUGGAGAGGAUUCACGCUGAAUUUGCCGUUUCAAGCAACAAACGGAAGAGAGGAUAUGAAGAAGACGGCCACGUGGCAAAAGAACCUCGUUUGGUAGAAGAGGAAUGGACUGACGAAGAUCUGGUUUGAGCCUGUGGAAACAAACCGAGCUUUAAGUUAUUAUACUUCUUCAUUUCCAUUUUUUUUUUUUUUUUUAAACUGUCAAGUCACAGGACAGAAAUGCAAUGGAGCGGCACCAUUUGUAAGUGUGCGUGCCAUAUUUACGUUCCACACGAUACACCGGUCAUCUUUCCUUUCAUUCUGUACUAAAAAAUAAAGAUAUUUUUCUACAUACAUGUUUCCGGGGAUUAAAAAUAUUCCUUAAAAAGCAACAACCGAAGCCGUACAUGCAUACAUUCCUCCACCUUGACAAUAAACGACUCCAUAAUCUACUUUACAAAAACAGUUUAAUAAUAAGUGCAUGCAUGUCUGAUACAGUCUGUACUAUUCCAAAAAAAAAAAAAAAGAAAAUUACUGCUGUAAACACUUUCAUUUUACUUGGUUUCUCUGAUUAUGUGUCUCAUCUGGCAUUCAUUGAGAAGUUCAAAAAAAAAAAGCCUCAAUGAAAUCAAAAAAAAAAGGCUGAUACAAUUGGAGGAAAAAAAAUUCAGCUCAUCUCACUUAUAUACUCAUGAUUCCAGCAAGAGAAUUUAUUAAUAUAAAAUAACCAUACUUUUUUUUUUUCUGAUAGACUUUGUUCCAAUCUAGAAAACAAAGGAAGAAAAAAAAAAACAAAAACAAAACAAAAAGAACAGACAGAAAUGCUCGUCUCAGCACUUUGCAGAUAUUGUCACAACCUUAAAAUAAAUCAGUCACUAAUUACAGUAUAAAAAGCAUUCUCACUCAUAAUCCAGUUACCAGUAAAGGGCUCUGAGGGAACUAGCUUCUUCAUGUCAGUUUCCUCUCACUGAGCGGGAGGAGGGGGACACACUUUGGCAACCUGUGCUGUGGAAAACACAAUCGCGGGUACAGAGAAACCUCUUAACGUUUGGCCCCCCGUGAUGAAUGAAAUGUACCCAAGUCAGAAUCGUGAAAAGUUUAUGGGGGGGGGGGGAUAUCUUUUUCUUGUGCAUACAGCUGUCUGUCAGUCAUUGGUGCAAGUUUUUUUUUUCUUUCUGUUUUUUUUUUUUUU